GCAUGCCCAUAGUUGCGGUCACGCGCCGCCCGCUAGUGUCCGGAACGAAGUCGGUCCUGGGCCCUGACCUGCUGCUCACGUCGCCAUGGAGCUCAUCGAGGGGGCGGCCGUGGGCCGCUGCGCCGCCUCACCCUACUUGCAGCCGCUCACGCUGCACUAUCGUCAGAAUGGUGCCCAGAAGUCGUGGGACUUCAUGAAGACACAUGAUAGUGUGGCCAUUCUCCUGUUCAACUCUUCUCAGAGGAGCCUGGUUUUGGUGAAGCAGUUUCGGCCAGCUGUGUAUGCUGGUGAGGUGGAACGCCGCUUCCCAGGGUCCCUAGCAGCUGCGGACCAGGAUGGGCCCCAGGAGCUGCAGCCAGCACUACCAGGCUCAGCAGGGGUGACAUUUGAGCUUUGUGCCGGCCUCGUGGACCAGCCCGGGUGCUCGCUGGAGGAAGUGGCUUGCAAGGAAGCUUGGGAGGAGUGUGGCUACCACUUAGCCCCCUCUGAUCUGCGCUGGGUAGCCACGUACCGGUCAGGAGUGGGACUGACUGGCUCCAGACAGACCAUGUUCUAUGCAGAGGUGACAGAUGCCCAGCGUAGUGGCCCAGGUGGGGGCCUGGCAGAGGAGGGUGAACUCAUCGAGGUUGUACACCUGCCCAUGGAUGGUGCCCAGGCCUUUGCGGAUGACCCAGACAUCCCCAAGACCCUUGGUGUUAUCUUUGGUAUCUCUUGGUUCCUCAGCCAGGUGGACCGCUGCUUGGGUUCCCACUCAACCCCCUCCCUACAGACCCAAUAAAGGUGUGCAUGGCUCCCA